AUGGCAAACGAAUGCUCACAAAGCAACCAUGUAUUUGAAUACGAAUCGAAACCGAUUGUAACUAUACAUACGAUCGAUCGAUGGUCUAUUCGAGAGAGUCUCGAACCAUUCGAACAAAACGAGAAGAAAUCAAAACGAAAACAACGAACUGUACAUGAAAAGCCCGAUAUUCACCAAUGGAAUGUUGAUGAUGUAUGCUUGUUUUUCAUAUCUGUUCUCGGAACAACCUGUUAUACAUUGCUAAUUAAGGAACAUUUGAUCGAUGGAACAGCACUUCUUCUACUCGAAGAUAAACAUUUGAUGAACGUUUUUCACAUGUCACAUGACGAGCGAGUGAAGUUACUUCGUAAAAUUAAAAAACUAAAAAUAGAUCAUCCUCUUACUUGA